AUCCCCGGGUCGGAGCUCGAAGACUGCGCGUGCUCGUUCUUUUGCUCGUGCUGCGUGCUGGCUCAGAUGGCGUCGCACACGGAAUCGUACUCGCCCAACCAGUGCUCGUUCUCCCCCAAGGACACCCUGCCUGGCUACGAGUUUUAA